UGGCGGAGCUCAGUCCGUGCUCCCAGCGGUGACUGUAGCGGAUCAUCCCGCCCACCGGCACUAGCCCGAGCAGAGACCCUAUCGCCCAGCCUUUCCCUGCAGCUGGAAAGCCCCCGUCCUGACACUCUCUCUGUCCCAACCAGCAGCAGUUGUUGUUGUGAGCACUGACGCUUCAAGCAAGCCAGGAUUUAGGGUGGUGCUGUGGAGUUAAUCCCAGAGUAUUAUUUUGUGGUCAUUCACCAUGAAGUCUUCAGAGUUGGGAUGGAUGAGAGUCAGUGCUUCACUAAUCAUCGCACAAACAGUUAUGAUGAUGAGCCCCAAUGUUACUCCUGAGUUGGCUCCAUUGACGAAUGACCAAGAAGAACUCUUGGCAAGUGAAACAGUCACUCGAGUGAACAACAACUUUACAGAUGGUUUGGAUUCAAUCAUGAGAAAAUAUUUGGAUCAACAUGGACAGAGAACGUCCAGAAGGGCCAAGAGGUCUAUCACUGAUCUGGACAGACAAGUCAUCUUGGAUCUUCAUAACAAACUGAGGAGUCAGGUAUCGCCAAGUGCCUCCAAUAUGGAAUAUAUGACAUGGGACGAUGAAUUGGAAAGAUCUUCAGAAGCUUGGGCUGCAGGUUGCCAGUGGGAACAUGGUCCAGCUCAUCUGCUGCCUUCAAUAGGGCAGAAUCUGGGAGCACACUGGGGCAGAUAUCGGCCGCCCACCUUUCAUGUUCAAGCAUGGUAUGAUGAAGUUCGCGAUUACAUGUAUCCAUAUCCUCAAGAAUGUAACCCGUGGUGUCCCUAUAGAUGUUUUGGGCCAGUGUGCACCCAUUAUACUCAGGUAGUGUGGGCAACGAGUAACAAAGUUGGCUGUGCCAUUAACUUAUGCAUAAACAUGAACAUCUGGGGUCAAAUAUGGGAAAAAGCCAUUUACUUGGUUUGCAACUACUCUCCCAAGGGAAACUGGUGGGGUCAUGCUCCUUACAAACAUGGGCCUCCCUGUUCUGCCUGCCCUCCUAGCUAUGGAGGAGGCUGUAGAGAUAAUCUGUGUUACAAAGCAGAUGGCACAGACCACCAUUACCCUCCUUCCGAACCAGAGGAGGAAACCAAUGAGGUUGAGCGAGAGCGAACAGGAACUCAGACUCAUUCAAAAGCUCGAACGCAAACCAUUCCCUCAAGAACAGAACAGCUUGAGUUGAACGAGGUUAUAAAUACCCAACAAAUGUCUCAGUUGAUGUCUUGUGAAACUAAACUCCGUGAUCAAUGCAAGGGAACAACUUGCAAUAGGUAUGAAUGCCCAGCAGGUUGUUUGUACAGUACAGGGAAAGUCAUUGGAACGCUGCAUUAUGAAAUGCAAUCAAGUCUAUGUAGAGCAGCAAUACAUUAUGGAGUACUCGACAAUGAAGGUGGCUGGGUGGAUGUGACCAGACAAGGAAAGAAACCAUUCUUUAUAAAAGCCAAUAGGAAUGGGGUCCAAUCAUAUGGUAAAUACAGAGCUGCCAAUUCAUUUACCAUUUCGAAAGUAACAGUCCAAUCUGCUAAUUGCGAGACAAGAGGACAUCAAAUGUGUACAUUCACGAAACCAGCCUCACAUUGCCCGAGGAUAUAUUGUCCACGAAAUUGUAUGCAAGAAAAUCCCCAUCUGGCUCGGGUCAUUGGAACCCACAUCUAUUCCGAUAGAUCCAGUAUUUGCAGAGCAGCCGUACAUGCUGGGGUCAUUCAUAAUCAUGAAGGAGGUUAUGUUGACGUGAUGCCAGUGGACAAAAAAAAGCAUUAUGUUGGCUCAUACCAGAAUGGAAUAUUCUCUGAAAGCCUUAAGAAUCCACCUGGAGCCAAAGCAUUCAGAAUAUUUGCUGUCAUCUGAUUCCAUGAGAAAAUAAUGCAGGAAAGUCAGUUCAGUACUUGGAAGAAGCAAAGUGUUUCAACUAUUCAUUAUGCUUUUUGCUGAGUUGUCAUAUUGGCAGAAACAAUUUAGUCCAUUGUAAAUCAAACAUUUCUGUGCCAUAAAUUGAUAAAAAAUAUAUUGCUGAAUAUCAGAAACACAGUUUAAAGGUACUUAAGGUCAUAGUAAAACUCCCCUUUUUUAGUUAUACUUAAUAAAUUCACAUUUCUGUAAUUACUGUUUUGUUACAGAAUGCUGCUAACUCAAUGGUGCAACCAAAAAUAUAUACACACAAUUCAACUGAAAGCCAAGAUUAGGUAGGAUUAACUGAAAGCUUUGUGAACCUGGCAUUUAUUCCUGCAGGGCAGGAUGUAAGCCAACUAUAAUAAUGUAUUAUCAGUAGAAAUGGAAAGUUUGUGCAGACCGUGAGGGAGAAAUUGGAACUCACCACGCCCGUUUCUUCAAUGAAGGAAGAACAUUGGGACUCUAACUCAAUCUCUUGCACCCAAUCUUCCCCAGAUAAGCAGCAGCUGCCAACCAGGAAGCUGGAAACUUCCAAGUGGCCAUAAUCUCCACCUGAAAUGGGUGUUAGGUGCUUUGAAAAUGCAACUGAAUGUCCUAACGCUGUGCCUGACAGCCCAUAUCAAUUUUGUCAUGAAUGACCUGACCCUUGCAUGAUCUGCCCAGUUGAGCUGGGUCUUCAGAAACCCGACUGAUGGCCCUUAAAGGGACCAUUGGAGGCCACCACCACCCCCACCAAAGUAAAAAGGUAAAUGUCCCUUUUAAUAUUAGCGGAACCAGUUGCAAUGUGAGUACUCCUCCUGUUUUGGCAAUCAUACUGGGGUGUGUUCCCACCACUUUCCCUCUGGUUUGGCUCCCUUUCUCUCUCCACCCACCUGCAGGCUGGUUUGUACUGUUACCUGUGAGCUGAAUUAGACAAUCAACUGGAUUCUGCAGCUGAUGAGGCUCAAGGCCAAAUUUCCAGGCGUUACUUUUGGGUGCGUGUUCAUUUUGUGACACUCAUUUCACGUCAGUUGCCAGCAUGACUCCUAUUUCUUGGCCAAUUUGGCAAAGUCCUUCAUACCAGCCCAUUUAAAGUCAUUAGAUAACAUUCCUGGCCAUAUUAGCGCAAUGUAUGUACGGGUGGGCCAUAUAAUCUGGAUUGUAAAGCCCUACUUUGGAAAAUAAGCUAGCACAUUUACAUUCCAUGUUCUGUUAUUUGAAACAUGGUAGAAAGGUGAUGUUUGUUACUAUUAAAAACACUUGCUUACAGACCACAA